AUGUCCGGCGAAAGCACGGGAGGUGGCGGCGCCUUUUCCGCCUCGAAGAAACUUUUGUCCUUCUCCGGUCCGUCGUGCAUCUGCUGCGCCCCGACCGCGUGGUGGGAACUCGACGAAUUUUUGGAAGGAGAAGAAAAAAAGGCAUCAUCAUCAUCAUCAUCAUCGUCAGGGGGCCGCCAACCGCCCUCGAUUCUGAACACGUUCACGAAGACAAAAACACCGUUCCAAACGCUUUCUCCGAAUCGCAUAGGAUGGUACAUAUGCGGUCCAACCGUGUACGAUUCCGCGCACAUGGGGCACGCGAGAAACUACAUCAAUUUUGACGUUUUGAGGAGAGUCAUGCAGGAUUAUUUUGGGUAUUCGGUUCGGUUCGUGAUGAACGUGACCGAUAUCGACGAUAAGAUUAUUUUGAGAGCGCAGAAACGGAGAGCGGAGUUUGUGAUGAGUCGAGCGAAGAAAGCACUGAUGAAGGAAGAGAAUGAGGCCGUGAAGAAUCUCGUCGCGGAUAUUGAAAAGGCGGUGGAGACGAACGCGCCGCUGAAGGAGUUGUGCGAGAAGGUGGAGGCGUUGAGAGCGAAGGCUUUGGACACGGACGGUUCGAUUUUGGAUGUUGGAGAUGGUUUUUCGAACGAUGAAGAGGAGGAGGACGGUUCGUCGUCGUUCACCGCAUCGGUGGAUGGUGGAAAAGACUGGUCAAUUCAGACUGGAUAUUUGAAGCUCGCGCAAUUUUACGAGAAGGAGUUUAUGGAGGACAUGCGGUUGUUAGGGGUGAAAAAUCCAGACUGUUUGACCAGAGUGAGCGAAUAUACGAAACAAAUUGUGGAGUACAUAGAAGGUAUCAUAAAGAACGGCUUUGCUUACGAAAGCAACGGGAGCGUAUAUUUUGACGUCACGGCGUUUGAAAAUAGCGAGAAUCAUAAGUAUGCGAAACUGAAGAAAUCGGCUUUGGACGACGUCGAAGCGGCGAUGGACGGCGAAGGCGCGUUAUUGAAAGCCGAAUCAGAAAAGAGGAACGAUUUCGAUUUUGUGCUUUGGAAGAAAUCGAAAAAAGGCGAACCAUCCUGGCCGAGUCCGUGGGGAGAAGGCAGACCGGGGUGGCACAUCGAGUGUUCUGCGAUGUGCUCGGACGUGUUGGGAAAGUACGUGGAUGUCAACGGAGGAGGCAUAGAUUUGAGUUUUCCACACCACGAAAAUCAGUUGGCACAAAGCGAGGCACAUUAUGACAUCAAGCAGUGGGUGAACUUCUUCGCGCACAGCGGACAUUUGCACAUCGACGGUUUGAAAAUGUCAAAAAGCUUGAAGAAUUUCAUAACUAUUCGUCAGGCGUUGAAGACAUAUUCGGCGAGACAAUUACGGUUUUUGUUUCUAUUACAUAAUUGGUCGGAUCCGAUGGAGUUAACGCCAAUUAUAUCCAAAGAGGAAGGUAAAGGAGCAACGUUUAAGCAAAUGGAUGCCGCUAUUGGGGUAGAAAAGACAUUCGCAGAGUUUUUUCACUCCGUUAAAGGUGCGUUGAGACGAACAAAGUACGCGUGCGAUAAAGAUCAAAUUUGGCUCCCGUUGGAAAAGAAGCUUUCCGAUGCUUUCGAUGCGUGCCAAAAGGAAGUCCACGAGAGCUUAUUAGAUAACAUCAACACCUCAAGUGUCAUUUCUUCUAUGUUAGCAAUGGUAAAAGAGUUCAACACGUACUUGGCGUCGGUUGAAAAAGACGCAAACCACGCUUUGCGACCGUUUUUAGUCGAGAGUGUGGCGAAAUACGUGACGUACAUUUUAAAUUGCAUGGGAAUUUCCGGCGAAGCGAACGCGCCGUUAGGAUUUACCGAUAUCGAAACGGGCAUUGAGGGUGAUAGAGGUAAUGGGACGGCGACUACGAGUGCUGCGACGAGCAAUGAUACGAAAGAGGAAAUUUUAGCGCCAACGUUGGACGCGCUCACGUCCUUCCGCGACGAAAUCCGAAGGCUCGCCAAAGGAGAAGAGCUCUCUCCGAGCGCAAUCUUGGGUCUCUGCGAUCAACUUCGCGACGUCGUCCUUCCAACGAUUGGCGUCAAACUCGACGACAAACCUGAUGGCAACGCUUUAUGGAAACUGUACGCCCCGGGCGAGUUGGAAAAAGAACGACAACGCGAGGAGGAAGAAAAAGAGCGCAAACUACUGGCGAAGCAAAAGCUGGCGGAAGAAAAGAAACGAAAGGAAGAGGAGAAGGGGCAAAAAGCGAAAGUUGCGCCUCAAGUGAUGUUUAAAAUAGGCGAAAAUGAAAACAUGUACGGGUCCUUUGAUUCCGAAACUGGGAUGCCUUUAACCAUGAAGGACGGAUCAGAAGUGACGAAAAGUCAAACGAAAAAGUUGCAAAAACUGUAUCAAGCGCAGGUGAAAUUGCACGAAUCGUAUCUAAAAUCAGUUCAAGAGAAGAUGGGAAACGUGCAAAUUUAA